AUGAGGAGCAUUUUUAAGGAAUAUCUACGCGGUGUUUGGGACAGUCUCAAUGGUGUAUGGCUAAUAGUAAUCGUUAUUCGGGACACAUACAGCAGCACAGCGCUAAAAAAUGAGAAACAGGACAUUGAAUUGGAUGAAAGUAGCUCGAGUUCAAAUAACACACACACUAGCAAACGACCCACUCGACGUUCCCAUGCAAACAAACGUGAACUCAACAAACUCAAAGAAGAAUCCAAUUUGUUGAAGCGAGUCUUUCAGUGCUGUCUAUUGAAUGACGGUUUCUUUGGCCUUAGCAUCACGUUGUUUGAAUAUGUUUUACUGCCAAUCAUUCGAAUGUUCCUGAGAUGGAUGUUUACACAGAAUCCGGGCAGUGGUGCUAUCAUUGGCAAUUAUAUUGUCACAUUUCUAUCGAUUCUAUUCGGUAUGAUUUGGGUCAUGCCACUGUUUAUCUUGAGUAAAAUCGUCAAUAGUUUAUGGUUUCAGGAUAUUGCUGAUUCAGCAUAUAAGGUUCGCAAAGGUCAACCGCAGCUAUUUGUGAGUUUCAGUGUCAUCAUAGCCGAUACACUGUCUUCGUUGCUUGUGCAAACGUUGUUCUUAAUCCAGAGCAUGGUCGUGAAUUUGUUACCAAUCCAACUACUCUACUUUUUAACAUAUUUUCACUUGAGUUUGCUGUAUUCACUGUAUUCGUUCGAUUACAAAUGGUGUAACAUGGGAUGGGAACUGCAUAAGCGGCUAACCUAUAUCGAAAAUCAUUGGCCGUAUUUCCUUGGCUUCGGCACCAUUCUGACAAUUCUCACGCAAUUGACAUCGUCAAUCUUUAUCAGUGGUUGCAUCUUUGCUGUAUUCUUUCCGUUCAGUAUACUUAGUGCGAAUGAAGCAACGCCAGUUGAAGCGUCAAUUAACUAUCCGCUGAAGUUUUUCAGCAUCGUCGUAGCCAUAUCGAAUGCUCUCUUCAAUAAAACGAUUCGACCGGCAAAUGUGCCAAUUUCAAGGGCUGCCAUGGAUGCAGCAAUCACAGCGGCCAAUGCAAACGACACAUUUCGUACGAUAAGACAACAAACACCGCCAGUAAAUGUAUCGCAUAGUCGAAAUCAGUCAUCGCAUCAUUCGGGUACACAUCGCCACUACAGAUAAAAA